AUGCCUAACGCGAAGCGAUCCAAAAGCUCUGGCGGGCGAGCUGCAGCCACACGCGAGCCGCCAAAGGAUACGACAGACGGCCGCCCGACUCCGGCAGAGGUGGAGGAGCAGGAGCAUCGAUUUGUGCAGGUUGCACGGCAGCAUUGGCUGAAACCCGGCAAGAAGACGGCAAAGGUCAAGGUCAAGAACGACGUCAUCAAGCAGGGCAUCUGGGACGUUCUGGAGCAGGAUGGCUUCUCAUAUAAGCCGCUGCUGCUGUUGGAGAGUCUGCAGACGCUGGAGAGCUAUCUGUGGCCCGGAUAUUCGGAGCAGGCGUCCAACUACCACGUCCUGAUACUGGCGUUGAUAUGCAACGUCAAGAGACGAGAGCACCUCGAAACAUGGAAAAUCUUUGAAGAGAGGCCCGACGACUUCUCGUCCCUCUUCCGCCGCAUCCUAUCCAUGACCCUCGACAGAACAUUGUCGACGACGUUGCGAACACACCUCCUCUGCUUUCUCAUCCACGCCUUCCAGAGUCUAGAUUGUACCAUUGUCAGGAAAGAAUGCGCUCCUCUGGUGUCGAUUGGCAUCUGGCAUAACCUGUCCACCGAGAAGCGUCAAGAGGCCCAGCUUGACUCUUCGCCCCAUCUCAGAAAGGCUUGGAGGGCGGCUCAGAAGCGAUAUGACGCCGCAGACGAGGCUACCAAGGCGCGGCUGAGGUUUGAGCGUUCAUGGCUCUACACCCUUAUCCUUGAUUUUACAAAUCAGCUAUACAACGAAAGCGGUAAAUCAGACCAGACGCUUCUCUACUGCGAACGAUUUACCGAGUUCAUAUCUGACUUGCAGAGCCAAUUGCCGACGCGGCGUUACGUCAAUGCAUUGGUCCAAGAUUUACAUCUCACUCCUCUGAUGAGAUUGUCUCCGCUAUACAACGAUGCCGGCAGUACUCUACUGCGUGACCUCCACGGACUGCUCUCUCACUACACAUUCUUUGCUAUUGAUGACCAGAGUGGCAUUCAACUCACUCGAACAGAGGCCUUUGACCGGCAUUGCGCAUUGCUGGGCAAGCUUCAACGGAUUGCUCUCAAGCAUUUCAAGGACAAACUCACCAUUUUGGCCUUGUCAAACUACGGGUCUAUUGACAAGCGAGAAGAGUUGAUAUCACAUCUCGAUCCCCUGACCGAUGAUGAGCUGCUCGACUUGGUCAAUCUUUUGGAUCUGAGGUCUGCGUAUCCCGAAAGCCUCGGCUUGACCAUUGACCGCAAAUUCCUCAUCGAAUUCCUCCUUACUACCUUUGAACGGAAAAAGACCUUCCAGGAGACUGCCCAGAGGAUAAGCAUAGUCCCGACCGAAGAUGCGUUGUUCGACGACAACUUUCAACGGGCGGAUUCUUACGAUGGUUCACAUCCCCUGGCACUUCCGAAGCUCAAUCUGCAAUAUCUCUCGGUUGGUGAUUUUGUUUGGAGGGCACUAGUGUUGUACCGCUGCGAAUCCUUUUACGGAAUCCGCAAGGACAUCGAGGCCGCGCUGCGUCGUCUGCGGCCAGAAGUCAGGCGGCCUGGCGAAACUCAUUUUGCGGGCUUCUCGAAAAUGGCCAUGCCCAUUGCCAAACCGACAAUACUGGAAGUCGUCCCCGCCCUCGUUGGGGAUGACAAGCCAUCCCUGGUCCGAGCCGAGGUGUAUUUCGAUGCUCGACGCCUAGGAGAUGGUGUGCGCAGGGAAUGGGACACUCUUCGACCCGGCGAUGUCGUCUUUUUGUUAGCGAUCCAGCCCUCCCCUUCGGCCGGCCAAGCUGUCGCAAAUGGUAACAAACCGGCCCAGUCAGAGGCUGAAAAGGCUGGUGUCUUGACGGUGAGAGCUGCCGAAGUGGUUCACAUCACCGAUGACAGAGGGCGCCACGCCAGGGAAGGGGCUGAGCGCCUCGACCAGAGACGACGUAUCCAGCUGAAACUGGAUUCAGCAACAUACGCACGCGAUGCUGAGCAAGCAGCAGCCGGCAAGCCUGAUGUAUAUCCAGGCAUCAACCUGCUUCUCCGACGCAAUAAAAGAGAAAACAACUUCAAGCCGGUUCUAGAUGCCAUUCGUACUCUCGUCCUGUCGGAAAUGCCUCUGCCUACGUGGCUUCAUGAAGUAUUCUUGGGCUAUGGCGACCCAGCCGGCGCACACUACAAAAACCUGCCCAACCGGCUCAAGACGAUUGAUUACAGGGAUACCUUUUUAGGCUGGCAGCAUCUGGUCGAAAGCUUACCUGGCAAGACAGUCGAACCUGAUGACGAUGUUACCGGGAGCUUCGGGCCUCCAUAUGUCCUUGAAGCCGUCGAUAAAACAGAGGAGCCCCAGGGCGGGAAGCCAUCCAAGAAACGGCGGCGCGAUGCUGAACCAGCGCUGCUCUCGGAAGUGGAAACCCUCAAAGUUUCUACCUACUUGCCCCCCAACAACGGGCCCUACCCCAUUGACGCGCCCAAGCAGAACACGGUACGAUUUACCCCGGCUCAAAUUGAGGCCAUCAUGUCCGGAUCUCAACCCGGGUUGACUGUGGUUGUUGGGCCUCCGGGCACAGGCAAGACGGACGUUGCCACACAAAUCAUCAACAACAUCUAUCACAACUUUCCAACCCAAAAGACGCUACUCAUCGCCCACAGCAACCAAGCUCUCAACCAGCUCUUUGCCAAAAUCAUUGCACUGGAUAUCGACGAGAGACAUUUGCUGCGUCUUGGUCAUGGCGAGGAAGAUCUGGACACUGAAGGCAGCUUCAGCAAAUACGGUCGUGUUGAGUCGUUUCUGGACAACCGAGACAGGUUUCUGUAUGAAGUAAAGAAGCUCGCAGCGAGCUUGGGAGCUCCGGGGGCGCACGAAAACUCGGCCGAAACCGCAGGCUACUUCAACGCUGCCUACGUCGAGCCAGCUUGGGCCAAGUUUCUUCUGGUGGUGGAAUCCGGUGCAUCCACCGCCUCUGACAUUGUGCAGAACUUUCCCUUUCACUCCUACUUUUCCGACGCUCCCCAGCCCCUGUUCCCACAGGAAGCGGACCGAGCACAAGUUUUGGGCAUUGCUCAGGGCUGUUACCGCCACAUUAGCAAAGUCUUUUCUGAGUUGGCAGAUAUUAGGCCCUUUGAGAUUCUCCGCCGUGAGAAAGAUAAGGCCAACUAUCUCCUCACCAACGAAGCCCGGAUUAUUGCAAUGACGACAACUCAUGCAGCAAUCAGGAGGGGCGAGAUUGCGGCCCUCGGAUUCCACUACGACAACGUCAUCAUGGAAGAAGCAGCUCAAAUCACCGAGAUUGAAACGUUUAUUCCUCUUGCCAUGCAAAAGCCCAUCGACGGCAAGCUGCCGCUACAGCGAAUCGUGUUAUGCGGCGACCACUUCCAGAACUCUCCCGUUAUCCAGAGUUUGGCUUUCCGGCACUACGCCAACCUAGAGCAGUCGUUGUUUUCUCGACUGGUACGGCUAGGCGUGCCAACGGUUACUUUGGAUCAGCAAGGUCGUGCUCGGCCAUCCAUUGCCAAGCUGUACGAGUGGCGUUAUCCCAAGCUCGACAAUCUCCCCGACGUCCAGACGAACCCAGAGUUCCUGCGGGCGAAUGCUGGCUUCAAGUACGACUUUCAGUUCAUCAAUGUUCCCAAUUACAAGGGCCGUGGCGAGGCUGAACCGACGCCGCACUUUAUCCAAAACCUCGGCGAAGCUGAGUAUGCGGUGGCCAUCUAUCAGUAUAUGCGGCUUCUCGGAUAUCCCGCAGACAAAAUCACCAUACUCACAACGUACGCUGGCCAACGGGCUCUGGUAAAGGAUGUGCUUGCUCAUCGAUGCGCAAACCCUAUUUUUGGUCUCCCCAAGGCUGUUGCCACAGUCGACAAAUACCAGGGAGAGCAGAAUGACUACAUUAUUCUUUCUCUGACUCGCACGUCGCGAGUGGGCUAUCUUCGCGACGUCCGUCGCAUGACUGUGGCCUUUUCCCGAGCGAGACUAGGGCUCUACGUCCUGGGACGCCGAGAGGUGUUUGAAGCCUGCCCCGAGCUCCGACCAGCGUUUGACGUACUUUUGCAGCGUCCAGACAAACUCAUGUUGGUGACUGGAGAGCUGUUUCCCACUGAGCGGCAAAGCACAGAUGAGGACGGUCCCGUGGAAGGAGAAGUAGUCAUGGAGGGCGUCGAGCACAUUGGGCAGUAUGUGUUUGAGAUGACGAAUACAAGGAUGCAGCAGCUGCAGGCAGAGCAGGGCGUGCUGAUGGACUCUACAAUCGAUGAGGCGGAGGAAGAGGGGCAAGAGGGGUAUUACGACGACGAGGAUGAAAAGACUCUGGACCCGGACAUUCUUGAGGUCCGAGAGGGGGAGGCGAACUAG